AUGGAUAUUUAUUCCUCUAAACUAUCACCUGCUGUGGAUUAUGGAGUUGGUGCGUUCCUGCUGCUCAUCGCAAUUCUUUCCAUUGUGGGGAAUUUGAUGGUUCUUGUGAUGGCAUACAAGCGGUCAAACCACAUGAAGCCCCCUGAGUAUUUGAGUGUAAAUCUUGCUGUGACAGAUCUGGGAGCAGCCGUCACCAUGUACCCGCUGGCUGUAGCCUCAGCUUGGAACCACCAUUGGAUAGGAGGAGACGUCACCUGUGUGUACUACGGCCUGAUGGGAUUUUUCUUUGGAGCAGCUAGCAUGAUGACCCUGACAAUUAUGGCUAUUGUUCGAUUCAUUGUGUCUUUAACACUCCAGUCACCCAAAGAGAAAAUCAGCAAAAGGAACGCAAAGAUCCUUGUGGCGACCACAUGGCUGUACGCGCUGCUCUGGGCUAUUUUUCCUUUGAUUGGCUGGGGAAAAUAUGGCCCGGAGCCCUUUGGCCUGUCCUGUACUCUGGCCUGGAGAGACAUGAAGGAACAGAGCCAGUCUUUUGUCAUCACCAUCUUCUUCAUGAACCUCAUCCUCCCAGCCAUCAUCAUCAUCUCGUGCUACUCUGCUAUUGCUCUGAAACUAUACAUUACCUACAAGACUAUGGACGACAGCAACCACAUCCCCAACAUGAUAAAGAUGCAGCGUCGGCUCAUGGUGAUCGCUGUGUUGAUCAGCAUUGGGUUUGUCGGCUGCUGGGCGCCUUACGGCAUCGUCAGCCUGUGGUCCUUCUACCGGCCCAGUGACUCGAUCCCUCCUGAGGUCAGCAUGUUACCAUGUCUGUUCGCCAAGUCAUCCACUGUAUACAACCCGCUCAUCUACUAUAUCUUCAGCAAGACCUUUAAACAAGAAGUCAACCAGUUGGGCCACCUCUGCGGGAGAUCCAACAUCUGCUGUACAUCUGAUGCCAAAAACGACCCGGAGAAUGCCAUCUACCUAGUGUGCGAUGCAAACAAGUCCAAAGCUGGAGCAGAGGAACAAUCAAUAGAGAAGAGCAGGGAGAAUGAGACUCAACUGAUCAGUGGGACCUGUGAUUUGCACUCUUAA